GUUUCUGAAUUAAUUUGUUUGAGAGACAGACGGAGUGGCUGAAGCUGAGCCUAAUCUGCGUGUUUCAUUAUUAUUUCAAGAAACAAACAAAGACAACUUAAUACAUUGAUUCAGGGGCGCCUGCAGGGUUCUACUUCUACCCCCAUUGCGGUUUUCAGCUCCUCUCUAUUGAUUUUCAGUCAUAUUGCAUUUCUAUCCAGGAUUUCUAAUUGCAUUUAGACCAGACUCUGGUGGUUUGGAGAGGAAUGGGAGUGACAUUUUCUGUUCCAUUUGUCAACGAUUUGGAUGAGAAGCUGGAGUCUGUCUUAGUUAGAUCAAUUAGCUUUGGAAGUCAUAAUGCCAACGAUUCCGAGUCGGUCGGUUUUAAUGGUAGAGAUUCUAAACCUGCUAAGUUGAAAUCUUUUGGUUCCGGAAAGAUGAUUCUUGAAGGCACCCUUAGCUUUCAAGGGAAAGAAUUGGAGGCCAAGAUCUCACUGCAGCCUUCCCCUUCAAAUUCAGAGGACCAUACUACGUUCCGAUCGUUCAGCUUCAGAAGCAGAAAUGCCCCUGACAAAUUGCCUGCAGCUGAUACCGUGCCCGAGAAAAAUGUCCAAACACCUUUGCCUGAAUCUGGUAGCAGUAGACAUCUAGCUGCCUUAAAGUUGCAAAAGACAUACAAAAGUUUUCGGACACGAAGGCAACUUGCAGAUUGUGCAGUUCUGGUGGAACAAAGAUGGUGGAAGCUCUUGGAUUUUGCAGAGCUGAAGCGUAGUUCUAUAUCGUUCUUUGAGAUUGAGAAACCUGAAACAGCUGUAUCGCGCUGGUCGAGAGCAAGAACCAGGGCUGCUAAGGUGGGGAAAGGUUUGUCGAAGGAUGACAAGGCACGUAAACUUGCUUUGCAGCAUUGGCUCGAGGCUAUUGAUCCGAGACACCGGUAUGGUCACAACCUACAAUUUUAUUAUGCCCAUUGGCUCCAAUGUGACAGUAAACAGCCUUUCUUCUACUGGCUAGACAUUGGCGAAGGUCGGGAUGUAAAUCUAGAGAGAUGCCCUAGAUCGAAACUUCAACAACAAUGUAUAAAAUAUCUUGGUCCGACCGAGAGAAGUGCAUAUGAAGUUAUCAUAACAAACGGAAAGUUGGUAUACAAGCAGGGCGGGAAGCUUCUGGAUACAAGGGAAGGGCCGGAAGAUGUAAAAUGGAUCUUUGUUCUCAGUGUGUCCAAGAUUCUGUAUGUUGGACAGAAGAAGAAAGGCACGUUUCAACAUUCAAGUUUCUUGGCUGGUGGUGCAACAUUAUCAGCUGGACGCUUAGUUGUAGAAGAUGGUGUUCUUAAGGCGGUUUGGCCUCACAGUGGGCACUACCUCCCAACAGAAGAAAAUUUUGAAGCAUUUAUGGCGUUUCUUUUGGAACACAAUGUUGAUCUGAGUGUCGUUCAGAGAGCUCCCUGUAAUGGAGAGGAGGAAGUUGUUUUUGGCUUCCGAAAUAGCAUCUCAGUACCAGAUAUCAGGAGCGCCAGAAACGAAAGCAACAACAAGAAUGAAGAGGAUGAGAAAACUGAUUCAAGCAAAAAGUAUUGCAUCGAUGCUGAAAAUAUACAUCCACCUGUAUCGAGAUGGUCCAGGAAGUUACAUUCGAAAAUCGCUCUACUUCAAAUACCAAGAAGGGACGACGUGCUUGAGUUAUUCUCCACUCCAAAACCAGGGCCUCCGGAAAGUCCAUCAGAUGGAUAUGAGACAGCAGACGAGUGUUUAUCAGACUCAGAAUUUUCUGUCUCCAAGCAGAAUUUAUUCAACCAAGAUCAGGAACAAGAAUAUGAAGAGCCCAUCCCCAGGGAAAAGAUCAUGAAGAGAAUAAACUCACAUAAAGGCAUGAAGUCUUAUCAGUUGGCCAAUCAACUGUCAUGCAGAUGGACCACGGGAGCCGGCCCACGAAUCGGAUGUGUGAGGGAUUAUCCUUCUGAGCUCCAAUUCAGGGUGAUGGAGGAGGUUUGUUUGUCUCCAAGAAGCACAUUCUCCUCCCCUCGUGGAAGUAGUAGGAGCCCAACUACGGCCACCGCUACUCCUACCAGCUCACUGAGAGAAAGAAGUCCACUUGGUACAGAGUCACCAAAUGCCGCUGAGAUUGUCAUACCAUAAAAACUGAUUGUCCAAUUCCUUACAGGAGAGAAUGGAGAAGAUGCUGUCUAUAUACAUCAAUCGGAAAUGCAAUUUUCCUACUUUUUUUGGGACUAGGAAAAUUGUUUUAGGAAUUCUUUCAUUUUUUCUACAAUUCUUUUGUAUAUCUUUCGAUAGAAAGAUGGAGAUCUUGUUAGGUUUCCGUUUCAUGUGUUUGCUUUGAAGCGCUGUUGGGCAUUAAGAAGAAUGCUUUGAAGCGCUGAAUUAUUAUAGCCUACAUGCAUUUGGUUACGAGGAAAGUUAGUCGAGUUGCACUCAACCUUCAUUGUAGCCACUGAAGCAGUGAAUGAUAUUACACAGAUUCUGAUAUAGUCUGUUAGUAUACAAAAAUUGAAUAGAUUUGUCUACAAAAGGAAAUAAUAUCGCCUCCCUCCUAUGCAGCUUACUUGUCCGCAAAUAUAAAAUCCAUGUUCACCACGCUGAGGAGCUCCUCCGCUACUUCUUCAUGUACAUAAUAAGUCUACUGCAUCAGGAGAGAAUUCCCAAACCCUAUAGCGACUAGCCAAUUCUGAAGUUGUUACACUAGUUGAUUUGCCGCCUCAUCAAGAACAACUUUUACUAUAUAAAGGGGAAUAUUAUAUACUCAGCAUAAAA